AUGUCGCUAAGCCCACAAACGCCCACACCGUUGCCUAAAGUCCCUCUCUUUGUUUUAAGCAUUGUCAUUUUUUCUGAACCCCUGACAUCCACGAUCCUUUUCCCCUUCGUUUAUUUCAUGGUCCGUGAUUUCCACAUAACGGAGAGCGAGGAUGAGAUUGGGUUUUUCUGUGGGUUGAUUGCGUCAUCUUUUUUCUUUGCCCAGUUCUGCACCUCAAUCUUCUGGGGCUUCAUGUCGGACCGCUAUGGCCGCCGACCGAUUCUACUCAUUGGGCUUUGUGGUACGGCCAUUGCUUGUACUUCAUUUGGACUCAGUAAAAGCUUGCCCUGGGCAAUCAUCAGUCGCUCGAUGUGUGGACUUUUAAACGGGAACGUGGGUGUUGCCAAAUCAAUGCUAGGUGAGAUUGCAGAUAAAUCAAAUCAAUCACAGGCUUUCGGUGUCUUUGGGUUUGCCUGGGGUAUUGGAAUGAUUGUUGGGCCUGUCCUUGGUGGAUACCUCGCUGAUCCUGCAAAGAACUUUCCCGAGAUAUUUGGUGAAUUGCAGUUCUUCAUCGAGUACCCAUACUUCCUCCCUUGUUUUGUCGCGGCCAUUGGUAGUCUCAUCGGGUUUAUAAUUGGAUAUUUUUUCCUUGAAGAGACAAAUAGACGAGCAAAGACACAUACACAUGACCUGAUGCAGAAUAAUGCAAGCUAUACCCAGCAACCGAUGCAGGUUGUCGUUAUACAGUCCGGGACUGGGCUCCCUCCGGUCUCUAUCACAACCAUUAUUGCUUAUGCCAUGUUGGCCUUGCAUUCAAUCGUAUUUGAAGAAGUGUAUACGCUUUUCGCAGUGACACCCUUAAGGUCGCACGGACUCGGUUGGAGCGCAAUUCAACUCUCGGGUAGCUUAGCCAGCAUGGGUCUCGCUCAAUUGGUUUUGCAGUUCAUCAUCUAUCCGCAAUUCGAGCGACGGUUUUCUGCAGUGUCCAUCUUCCAAUUUGGGCAGUUGAUCUAUGGUUGUGCUUACAUUGUGUUCCCAUUGAUUCGCGCCUUUGCUGUGGAUGAGAACGAUGGACCGACAGCAGGGCAAACCCCACGAGUACGCUACUUGAUUCUAGUUGCCCUAACGAUCAAAUAUACAUGCUCUGUAUUUUCGUACACAUCCGUGAUGGUCAUGGUAAGUUAA